CUGAGGCUCGGGGCGUGGGAAGAAGGGCGGAGCAAGCGCGCGUGGGGUGGGGUGGGGUGGGGUGGGAGGGGGUGGCGCUCGACAUGGUAAUCGGGUUCUGAGGAUGCCGAGCUUUGUUCCAGCGAAUCCGGCCUCCAAUUCCAUUGGUUCGGAGGGAAACAUUGUCCAGUCUACUCAAAAUACAGAUUUUGGGUCAUUUGAGCAUUCUUUUGGAUUCCGCAUAGAGGAUGCUAUCAACCUUAGCAGAACAGAUCCUGUCUUUAAUCAGAUAAAAUCGAACAGUCGAGCGCUUGGAACUGACAUUCAAGUUCGUGCUCUUAAUAAGUCUGUUGUAGCCUCAGAAACAGAUCAGUCUUCCACCGCUUCAGCCUCUCAGAGAAUACCUUUACAAAAAGAGUCACAGCGAAAUCUGGUCUCCAUACCUGGUGGUCAUUCUGAAAAUUGGGGGGAUUCAAAUAUGGCAGACACCAGUCCAAGGACUGAAACAUCAACUGAUGACACGGAUGACAGAAAUCAAAGGGAGCUUGAAGCAGGUCCAUCAGCUGCUCUGGUAGCUUCCGACUCUAGUGGUAGAUCAAAAGAAAAGCCUGCAGAUCAGAAGACAUUACGCAGACUUGCUCAAAAUCGUGAAGCUGCAAGGAAAAGCCGACUGAGGAAAAAAGCGUAUGUACAACAACUAGAGAGUAGCCGUCUGAAAUUAACCCAACUUGAACAAGAGCUCCAGAGAGCUCGCCAGCAGGGAAUUUUCAUUUCAAGUUCUGGUGAUCAGUCCCAUUCCAACAGUGGAAAUGGUGCCAUGGCUUUUGACGUAGAGUAUGCACGGUGGCUUGAGGAGCAGAACAGGCAUAUUAAUGAGCUGAGAAGUGCUGUAAAUUCGCAUGUGGGUGACACGGAACUCCGAAUAAUUGUUGACAAUGUCACGACACACUAUGAUGACAUCUACAGACUGAAAGAUACCGCAGCAAAAGCUGAUGUAUUCCACAUUUUGUCAGGAAUGUGGAAGACUCCAGCAGAGCGGUGUUUCAUGUGGAUUGGUGGCUUCCGUUCCUCUGAGCUUCUUAAGCUUCUUUUGAAUCAGCUGGAGCCUCUGACAGACCAACAACUAAUGGGCCUAUACAACCUACAGCACACAUCACAACAGGCUGAAGAUGCUCUUUCUCAGGGUAUGGAGGCAUUGCAGCAAUCUCUGGCUGAGACGCUGGCCAAUAGCCCACCUGGUUCAACUGAAUCAUCUGGUAAUGUGGCAAAUUACAUGGGACAAAUGGCGAUGGCAAUGGGGAAGCUGGGGACUUUGGAGGGCUUCCUUCGCCAGGCUGAUAAUCUGCGUCAGCAAACACUGAUACAAAUGCACCGUAUACUCACGACUCGGCAGUCAGCACGUGCUCUCCUCGCAAUACACGAUUACUUUUCGAGACUCCGGGCUCUCAGUUCUCUAUGGCUCGCAAGGCCACGGGAGUGACAGAAAAUCAAGAUUUUUGUCCUGACCGACUCCCUGUGGCCGUUAAGUUGAUGGAGGCGAAAUCAUUCCGCAGACAGCGAGUCCUUUGAUUGAAAGUGCUCCCGUUGUCGCCGCUGCUGAUCUCGAGAGGCGCGGUUUAACUCUAAUUUGGGGUGAGCAAAGUCAUGUCUCUGUAACAAAAUCAUGUGUUUGUUGUUGUAGCAUUUUUAGCUAGUGGUUGUAUAUUGUUGUAAUGCCCCCCUCUAGGACGGUUGAGCUGAUAAACUAUUCAGGUUGAAUGUUCUUAUUGAUUAGAAACAAUCCUAUUUGGCAGUGAAUAAAUAGAGGUUUCAUUGUAAA